AUGGAAAGAUCAUAUUUCAUUGAUGCACUUCUUAGAGAAAUAGUAUUUUUUUUUGGCGAAAAAUUUUCUAUAAGUCAACAAUAUAAUGUAAUUGGUUCUCAUGGUGACGGAAGAGUAGAUUUUUUAAUCAUGCAUGGUGAAAUAAUAAUUUGUAUCACGGAAGCAAAAACAACAGAAAUUGAAGAAGGUAUGGCACAGAAUUUUGUGCAACUACAUUCGGCAUGUGAGAAAAAUAUCAGGAAAAGAAAAUACAGUGCAAUCGAUGAUAAAUAUGAAUAUGUUUAUGGCAUAGUUUCAACUGGUGACCAAUGGAUUUUUACAAUAGUAACAUCAGAUAAUAAAUUAGCUGCAGCAAAUAAAAAUGUUCAGAUUAUUGGAGUUCAUACCAAAUAUUAUGAUGAAGAUCUUUUGAAGAGAGAGACUUUAAGUUUGGUUAGGGUUAUUUCAAGUAUUUUAAAUGAUAGCAUCUCAAAUAGCAGCCCACAAUCUAAAAAGAUCCGAAUUGAAAAAACCUUAUCAUUAAAUAAGGAAUAUAAGAAUGACAGCGAUUUGGAAAAGAUUGAGGAAGGAAAAACAAUUAAAAUUGCAGUUGACAAGGCUAGAAUAAGCGGUGAAGGCAAUACUCUACUGGUUAAAGGUGGUGAAUGA